CAGCCACGUCUCUCAGUCAGGUGCACAGAUUGUGGAGAUGGUAACUCAGACGCACACGCAGGAGGUGUUUGUGCGCAGAGAGCUGUGCGUAAAGUGGCGUCGGGCGGUGUAGCCUCCUCUGCUCCACACCGCAUGCCUCUGCAGGCAAACGUCAAUGUGCAACUUCCUCUUUCUGCAACACUCCGUGUCGUUGACCGGCCGGGUUUGCAACCUUUCAAAGCUCAAGUUGGAAACCAGCAGCUUCAUUCCAAGAGGAGACUUUCCAGCUUCUGCAGCAGAGGACAGGGGACACCAGGACUCAAAGCAUCCCAGGCAUUUACUGCAAGACUCACAGAUCAAUCAGAAGAUGGAUUAACACUCCAAACUCUCACCGAACCCUCACCUCCCUCUCAUCACCCACCUGUCGGGGCCCCCCUUGAGGGCCCACAGGUAGUAGGCUGGAAUGCCGGGCGGCAAGCAGAAUGCUAUGCACCCGCUGUGGCGCCUACUGUCACCGCUCCGCACCCACCAGGAGCGAGUGGUGCUGGCCCGCAGUGAGAGCCUGCCAGGGGAGCAGGUGCUAAAGAUCACAGUCACAGAGACGACGAUGAUCGAGGCGGAUUCAGGGGUGGGGGACUGGCUCUCCCUGACCUACCUGGGCCUCUGGUACUUCUUCAGCUUCUGCACCCUGUUUCUCAACAAGUACAUCCUGUCACUGCUGGAGGGGGAGCCCAGCAUGCUGGGGGCCAUUCAGAUGCUCUCCACCACCGUCAUAGGCUUCCUAAAGAUGUUUGUGCCCUGUUGCCUGUACCAGCACAAGUCCAGAACCGAGUACCCCUCCAACUUCAUCAUGAUCAUGCUGUUUGUUGGGCUCAUGAGGUUCACUUCAGUGGUUCUGGGCUUGGUGAGCCUGAAAAAUGUGGCGGUGUCUUUUGCAGAGACAGUGAAGAGCUCAGCACCCAUCUUCACUGUCAUCAUGUCCAGGCUGAUCCUGGGGGAGUACACAGGGUUGUGGGUGAACCUGUCCCUGUUCCCUGUCAUGGCGGGCCUGGCCCUCUGCACAGCCACAGAGAUCAGCUUCAACAUGCUCGGCUUCUCCGCCGCUCUCUCCACCAACAUCAUGGACUGUUUGCAGAACGUAUUCUCCAAAAAACUGCUAAGUGGAGACACAUAUAAGUUCAGCCCUGCAGAACUGCAGUUCUAUACCAGUGCAGCGGCAGUCAUCAUGCUCAUACCUGCCUGGGUGUUCCUCAUGGACAUCCCAGUGAUCGGGAAGAGCGGCCGAAGCUUCAUCUUCAGUCAAGACAUCAUCCUGUUGCUGCUUUUCGACGGCGGCCUCUUCCACCUGCAGAGCGUCACUGCCUACGCUCUCAUGGGACGGAUCUCCCCUGUAACCUUCAGUGUUGCCAGCACUGUCAAACAUGCCUUGUCCGUUUGGCUGAGCAUCAUCGUGUUCAGCAACCACAUCACCUUCCUCAGCGCCAUCGGCACCUUUUUCGUGUUCAUCGGGGUCUUUUUGUACACUAAGGCCAGGCAGAUCCAGAGGGAAACCUUACAGGCUAUGGCUGCUGAGCAGAACCACAAACCACUUCUGCAGGACCAGAACUUCCAAGCCCCUCAGUCACACUGAGGACUCAGAACUUAGGACUAAAAUGUUGCCUGAAAUGGGAGCAAGGUGUGAACAAAAAGCUAUUUCCUCUCCUGGGGCUGUCCAGCAAGGAUCCCCGGAUGUUUGAUUGUUCUUCAUCGUGCACAUAUUCCUGUUUAAAGAGGACCCACCCAUGUUUUUUUCCCCCAGGAUCUACCUGUCAUUAUCAUGUUUUGGAUCUUAAGGUAAAGUUCGGGGACUGCGUUUGUCCUAAACCUGAUUACCUUCUUACACUUCAACCAGCCUCGGUCCUUUGCUUUGUCUGAUGUGGGUCAGUAAAAGGGGGAAGCUCAGGGUGUCCUUCAGCUUUUUGAAGGAAAUUACUUCUGUAAGCUCUUUGUCUUACGUUUCCAUUCCAGAGUGUGCUGGGUUUGUUUCGCAUCUGGGGUUCAGCAGCUGCUGAAUGUAUGCUUUUGUGAAUAUCUGUAAAGAAUUGAAGCUGUAAUAUUUUAAUUCUGUGCUGGUGAUACCUGCACUGUAUCAUAAAAUGUAAAAUUGCUCUUGAUUUGCAUCUGAAUUGAGAUGUGAAUCGGGCACUGGUGCCUGAGACGGGAGGCCUUUUGGAGGCUUGUCCAGCCAAAGCUUUGACUUGCCGUUUGACACAUUUCUAAACGUUGUGUGGAACAUUUGAAAGCCACAUACUGCAUUCCAGGAAUGCUCAUCCUCCAUCACAAAGUGUUGAAGGUGUAUGUAGGGAUUUAUGUACUGACUUUUUUUUGUUUUUGUUAAAUGACUCCCCCCCCCAGUGCAUGCUGGGAUAGCAGCCUUCAUGAUUAAAACGGGUUUAGAGAAUGAAUGGAUCCAUGACGCUUUGUUAUAACUAGGGUUAGGCUAAACCAGUUAUGUCCAACAGUCAGACAAUCAAACAGGUUUAAACAAAUCACAUCUGUCACAGUCCAAUAAAACUACUUCCUGGUUCAAUCACAGACUCUACUUACUGUAGUUGUUUGCACUCAGUUUUCUUGUGCACUGAGGGAUUGUUGGCGACAUUGCAAAUGCACUCACUUUUGGUUUUUCCACCAAAUAAAGAGUACAUUUGUGUUGGACUAACUGUUUGUUAGUCAGAUUAUUAAGCGAUAUUAUCACAAAGAACCGAACCAACGGCCUGCAUAACAUAAAAUAAACCCAAUAUGUUAUAUACCAGUUUUCGUAAAAAGCUUCCUGCCACAAGGAUCGAACCACUGUUAAUUUAUUCCAGUAUGAGUCAGAGUAAAACCUAAACCACUCAUGAGAUUGUCCUCUCUGUGAGCCACUCUGUCGUUGUUGCUACUUUCAAACAUACAUCGGCUUCAUAGAUGUAUAAGUCUAUGAUAAAUUGAAAUUUGUUUUCGAACAUUGACACCUUGACAAAAACAGUUGUUUGGUGCCAAUAAUCUAAUGUACAUAUGAAUCAUAUUUUGACCUUACUGCUUUAAUCAUACUGCCUCAAGUCUCCUACUCUACUGGUGUGUGAGUCCAGGCUUCUCUCCAAAUUUUCUUAGGUUAGUAUCUAACAAAAUCAAUCAGGCGUCUGAAAGGACAAAUCCUUCUUUUGCUGCAGUUUUUGCAGUCAUUUUUGUGAUGUGUUAUGCUCUUGAUCAGGCAUAUGUUUUAAAGGUGACCAUAUGGGUAAUCUGACUUGAACAAAUAAAAAAAAUAAAAACAUUAUAAACAUUUCCAUUCUACGCGGUUAUUUCUGGUUAUUGUUUUGAGAAUUUGUUUCUUUGAAAGUGCUUCUAAAACCCAAGUUUGGACUUCGAUGUGAUAUUGAUAUCCUACAAGCAUAUUUUUUUACAUCUUCUCUUCCAUGUAAAUUCUUUGGAA